AUGGCAUCCCUACUUUCAAGUUGGUCUUCAAAUCUACAAUGCUUGCCUGCAAAUUAUGUUGUGCCUGCAGCCAAAAGGCCAGGAAAGCUUGCUCCAAUAAGCAUGGACAUACCGGUGAAUGAUCUAAGUGAUACAAAUCGAACUGAUUUAGUUCAGAAAAUCAUGAAAGCCAAUCAAGAGUUUGGAAUAUUCCAGGUGAUCAACCAUGGAGUUCCGGAAAAUUUGAUGACUGAUGCAAAGAAUGUUGGGAAAGAAUUCUUUGCCAUAGCUGCUGAAGAAAAUGCGAAGUUAACAACUGAUGCUGCACAAGACACCGGUUCUGGAAUUUUUAGCCCCAAAGAGUUCGCAUACUGGAAAGACACUUUGCAACACCGGUGUCAUCCUCUUGACAAUUUCAUCAAAUCUUGGCCUGAUAAGCCAGCAAGAUACAGUUAUGACUUAACCAUGAUGAUCCACAAUUAUCCACCAUGUCCACACCCUACUUCAGCAUUGGGAAUAAGAGGACACUAUGAUACAGUCGUCUUAACUUUGCUUCAGCAAGAUGUUUAUGGGCUACAAAUACUCAAGGAUGGCCAGUGGAUUGGGGUUGAGCCUCUUCCAAAUGCAUUCGUUGUAAACAUAGGUUUUUCCCUUGAGGUGGUCAGCAAUGGAAAGCUAUUGAUUUUGAAACACUCGAGCGUUGCUUCCAUGUCAGCAUUCUUGCUGAAGAGAAUCUCAAUAUAUUCUUUGUAUUGGAAGCCUCUGAACAUUGGUGGAUUGCUUGGACUAACAACUGAUUUUGCAGCUAAAUCAGUUGUUAGUCCAAGCAAUCCACCAAUGUUCAGAGGCUUCCAAUACAAAGAAUAUAUUGAGAUUCUGUUCAGCAAGAAUGCUGACAUGGAAGCAACGCUCGAGUGCUUCAAAAUCAAUAGCCAAGCUACCAAAUGA